GAUCGUGCUCGCUGCUCCGCUAUGCCGCCACUAUCACAAGCUCUGCUUGCCGUCGCACUUCUGUCCACCGCAGCCCUAGUCUCCACCGCACCGGCUACGGGUGGAAAAGUCGCACCCGGCAAAGCUUCGAGUCUCAAGUCGCAAGUCAAGCCACUUUCGGACAAGAAAUUGCGAAGAGGCAAGCGACAAGUAGUUUUCGAUGACUACAUCGGAAAUAACGAUGCACCUGAGUCGGAAGGGGAUGCCAUCCGGCGACAGCUUUCCCAGCUGUCGGACAGCGAGUUGGCCGCACUUGCGGACAUGGUCAGGGACGAGGUUGGCCGAUAUGUGGAACCGGAAUACGUGUCUGUGCCUCAGUACGAAGUGAUUGAAAUUCCGGACGAGUAUCUGCGUGACUCGUCCGCCGCCGCACUCGAGCCAUAUCCAAGGGAUCGGAGGUCAUUAUCGGCCGCGGAUUGGGCAUCAGCCGCAAAUGGACGCGAGCGGGAUAAUGAGCCGGAGUACAUCAUCGUACCCGAAGAAGCAGUAUUGGAAGCGUUGCAAGAAGAACAAGACGAGCAAGAACUGCGUGAACGAAUCGCCGAAAUCGCACAUAUUCUCAACGAACGCGCUACACGUCGUCGACUUUACUGAGCUGUGGACGAGUUACUCCAAUUCAUCCCAAUGUUUGCUUCAAUUUCACCACAUCCCAUCACUACAUUAAGAUUACAGUAAGAUCUGCAAGCUAAUCACACGUUCUAGCACCACUUUGUUGCUUUGUAAUUUGUGUUCAAAGCUCUUCCUACGGUUAUUUUGCUAGUCGCUACAGUAUGAUAGUAUGUGCGGCUACAGUAUGACAGCAGCAGCGACACUCUUGCCCAUAUUUUAUGUGGGCUUCUUUGUCGGAGUAGAGGAAUUCCAUCACCAAAUCCGACUGUUAUAGUUCAUCUAGACUCUACACCAUCACCCUAUUACUUUGAAAUUUCCUUCUCACCCCCGCCCCCUCUUCUCUUUUGUUUUCGGCCAAACUUCCCCCCCCCUCCACCUUAAAACUCUAGUCAUAUCUUACCCCAUACUGGUUCAAAACCGCUGAUGAUCUGGUUUUUUUCGAU